AAAAUUAGCGUCCCGCUGAAUGGACGCUGGCCGUGGUUUCUCGAUACUGAUUCAGCAUCAACUUGAAGCCGAUCGAACCCCACCCACAGAGACUCCAGUAUGGAACCAGUAGGGGUGACUGGGUUUAUUCUGGAGCACCAGUAAGGAGCCGCUGGGAGAACUCGAGUCGCAGCCAGGUGGGUUUGCUUCAGCCCUCACGAGCGCUCAGGUGUUUCAAUAUUUGGAUUCACAGAAAGGCUUGAGGAUCGAAGCUGUUGUAGCUGCGGACACUUUAUCACCUUUUAAAAUCACAAUGGAGAUCAAAUUAACAAUAAGACGGCGUUGUUGACAUCUAUUAGCUAGCCGCCUCUUCCGUUGUUAGCCCACGUCACCUAAACCAGACUUCGUUUACAAACCGUCUAACUUUACGUCUUCCCCUAGGCUCAAAAUAAGGAGUAAAACAAUUAAAUACAGCGUUUCAAUAAUGUUUUAGUGGAUGUUUAAUAUCGCUGUAUAUUAUCAUGUUUAAGUUAGAGAUAAUCAAACCAGUUUUCAUUUCAAACCGAGGUGUUAAACCAGUUUAAGAACCGGAUAAUGGAGGAGUUGGCAGUCAAGGCAACGCAGGUUUAAAACAGCUUUAAAAGUUAGAAGUUUAAGUGAAAAACUUGUCAAUUAUGGUAAAGAACACAGGCCGAAUUAAAAAGUGUUUCAUAAAGAUGCUGGAACAGUUUUAAAUUAAUCUAGACAUUGUACAUGAUGUUAACAAAAUUUAACACAAUCUUAAAUAAGUAUUUUUUUUUAACAGGGUUUGGAGCCUAAGCCUGCUAAGAUUAUUCUUUGCAUCUUUGGAGUAGAUAUGACAUUACACGAUAAUUUCAGACUAUUUCGUGGUGUUCUCGUGUAAGUUUACGAAUUUUAACUCUUUAAGUUGUUUUCAAAUUCUGUUAAAAUAUCGUAUUUUGCGUCGUCAGAGGGAUGAAGGUGCGUUUAUUUUUGCUUUCCGAGCAGCAGGGUCUGUGCUGUCGCUGGGCGGGGCUCCCGGUGUCGCUGUCCGAAAAACGUGGUGCUGAAACUGUUCCUGGUGUUUCUCCUUGUUAUCAAAACGCCUGUUAAUAAGGAUGUUUGUUUUGUUUUCAUCACGUUAACCACGGGCUAAAUUGAACCUUGUAAUUAGUUUGAACUGAUUUAAAUGUAGAGACACACUCUGAGCGCUUGUUUAUGUUAACCUUUGCAUAAAACUUAAUGGUCUUAUUGUUUUUCCUUUAUUGUUUCUCUCGUUUAGAUUGUCAGACUGAGAGGAGAUGUGGGAGAAAUCAUUCCUGGUGCUUCUUUACUGUGUGGAAGGUAAAUUUUGUUUCUCAUUUUUGUUGAAUUUUUAUGAUCACAACUUAAGUGUUUUUAAAAUGACAAACUCAGGAAGCACUUCACACAGCUAUAAAACAAGACAGGUGUGCUGGAGAAAAAAGACCAAAAUGUAGCAAAGGGAUUCCUGCACACUUACAAUCAAAAAAAAACUUGCAAUCAAUCAUUUAUUUGCAACGUUUCGGUACUAGACCUUCAUCGGGCAAACAGUUUUUUGUUCAAGAGAAGCCAUCUUAAAUAGGGAGUGGUCGUUUCUCCAUGACCAAUCCCAUUCUCACGCGUAAACACAGAGGGGCAAAAUCAUCAUCGGGUAAUUUAACAAAAGAGACAGCAAAUAAACAACAAAACACUUUGUGUGACAUCAAUCUAAAGUAAUACCUACAUGUCCAGAAAAGAAAUCCAUAACAUAGUGAAUCGAUUAUAAAUAAAUCAGAAUGUAAAUACUUUUUUAGGAGAUAAGUUUACAUUGUAAGUUAAAAACAGACAUAUUUAAUGAACAAAUCUCCAUAUCUAGUACAAAAGGGCACAUCUAUCAUCAAAAUAUAUAUCUAAUAACAAUGAUCCAAAGUUUAUUUUGUGCAUUUUGAACUACACACACUCACAAUGACAGUGAAUGACAACAACAGAAAAAGUCAUUAAGUUCAACGCUUUAUCUUUGUAUUUCGUCCUUGCAGCUGUAGUGGCGUCUCAGUGCUGGCAGGGGGCGACCUUCUCCCAGGCUGUUGUGUCCCCAGCCGUGGAGAGCAGUGGUAUUCUGCGUGUACCCAGUGUGUCGUCUCUGUCCCAGUGUGUGGCUGCAUGCUGUGACCUGCCGGGUUAUGAUCUGGCGUGGCUGUUCGAGGGCCACUGCUACGUCCUGAGCUGCCAGCAGAGGGAGAACUGCUCGCCUCAAGAGCGACCAGGAGCGAAAUCCAUCCUCGCCUUUGUCCGCAGAGCAUCACCCCAGACACUGGUGCUGCAGUCUCUGGUUAGAGGAGAGCCGUAUGGAGGUCGCUGGAGACCGUCGUCCCGGUCCUCAGAGGCCCCGGGUGACAUACAGGCUCUGAAGGACCUCGCUUUAUUCGAUGAGGCCCGGCGGGACUUUUCUGUCCCCGGGGUCCCAGAUUUUGAGUAUCCAGAGAGGAACCAGGAGGAGCGAGGCUCAGAGGUGGAGAUGGGGACAGAUCAGACAUCUUUGAAAGGACCAGAUGGGUUUAACCAAUCAGAGACAGAGAAAGGUCCAGAGGGAGGGAUGAUGGAAAGCAGUGUGGCCCAGAAUAGAGCCUCCUCUGGGGGGGACUUGAACCAGGGAGAAGAAGAAGGAAGGACAGGGAGACCGACUAAAUCAACUGCUGCUGAGGAAACGGUGAGUGAUGGAGUUAAUCAGGUUAAAGGGAUAUUCCGGCGUAAAAAUAAGUCAAACACACAGUAACACCGAGUUAGACGCCCCCUCCAGAGAUGAAUGUUGUCGACCGCUUGCUUCUCUAGUUAUACCAACUUUAGUAACGAUCGCAUGAUAGCAAUACACAGCGGUCUGAGAAGCCAUAAACAAACCUCAACCAAAACGCCACUCUAUAGCCACAAAUAAUGCUCAGAACAGCACCUAACUUCAUCAACAGUACAUAUAGGGUCCUAGCCAUAGUACUAGCCACCAAACAUCUUUUUAACCUUGACUAAUUUGGAAGAGAGUAGGUGAGUUGUGUUUAGUCUCUUUGCUAAAGAAAUUAAGUUAAAAAGAAGUUUGGUGGCUAGUACUAUGGCUGGGACCCUAUAUGUACUGUUGAUGAAGUUAGGUGCUGUUCUUAGCAUUAUUUGUGGCUAUAGAGUGGCGUUUUGUUUGAGGUUUGUUAAUGGCUCCUCAGACCGCUGUGUAUUGCUAUCUUGCAGACGUUACUAAAGUUGGUAUAACUACAGAAGCAAGCGGUCGGCAACAUUCAUCUCUGGAGGGGGUGUCUAACUCGGUGUUACAGUGUGUUUGACCCUAAAUUAAUUUUACGCCAAUAAUAUCCCUUUAAAAAGCUGCAGCAGCAUCACUGCUCAGUGUUCGUGUUGACCAACAGACCUCCAGAAAAGACGACAAAACUCCCAGUCUAUGGACAGUCAGUGAUUGACAGAUCGACAUCUUCUAAUCAGCUGAUGUGUUUUUUACAGACCAACACACAGACCAGCAACGAUUCAUCAGCACCACAACAAGAACCAACAAGUGACUCCACCCAACACGACCAUAUAAGGACUUCCCUUCCAACAACCGUCUCACCUCCUAAGCCAAUCAGCACCUCUGCACAGCCAGGUAGGACUAACAGGGCUUGACACUAACUUUUUUCAACUUAGGAGCACACAAAGAACUUUAGGGGCACAAUAAAAAUUGAUCAAAUAAUGAUGUCUUAUUGAUCGACAUAAGCACUGUUAUUUGAAAUCAAUUUUAGGUCUUUUGGUCACAUGACAUGGAAGCUAUUGAAGGAAAUGUUCAAAAUUGGCCUUUAAAUGAAACACAAAAAUUUUUAGAGGACAAAUUAGGAAAAUAAGAGGUGUGUCUUAUUGAUCGACCUUAGAACUAUUAAUUGAAAUCAAUUUUAGGUCAAUUGGUCACAUGACAUGGAAGCUAUUGAAGUAAAACAGCCUUUUCUGAGAGCAUCAACCAGUAAUUUUAAUUUUUUUUAUUUCAAUUUUACAAUUCACUCACAUCUAUUUUAAUUGCAAAUGCGAGUGAAACUUUCGCACUGACUAAAAUAUCAGUGCUGCUUUAUCAACGUCUACAUUCAGUUCUGUAUUAGUGAGUUAUGUGAAAGCAGCCAUGUGAAGUUUGGCGCCCACUAGUGGAGGGAUGACUGAAAACUAAACACACAGAGGUUAGCUGGAGGAGAGUGGGGAGGUUCCCAGUAAAUUCAAUGAAUGUUUUGUUUUUUUCCUUUCUCCUGGAGCUGCAGAUCCGCCCCUGACAGAGUCCCUUGGAAACCCUGUAGACCAGACCCCGCUGUGGUUCACAGUUACACUUGGUGCUGCAGCGUCUUCUGAACCCAUGACUGGUACUUCUCACUCAGACAGCUUCACAUCAGGAUCUAGACUCACCCUGUAGAGUUUUUAGAUGACAGAUCUACUGUACCUUAGCUGACGUGUUUCCCUGUUUGGUCGUUCCUCUAACAUGUCACUCUGGGACACUCUGGGAACAUGUCACUCUGGUUGAAUGUAACUUGAGCGAGUUUUCCUCGGCGCAUUAAUACAAGAAAAAAAAACAGAUCCUGAACCACAGGGAUCAGGAUUUUCAGGGUUUAUGUGAUAAUAAGGACUUUAUUGUGACCCCACAGAUGUGUUGAAGUUGUUCACCCAGGCCUCGAGUACAGCUGAGACCUCUGACCCCACCAACUUCACAUCAUCCCCCGCCAGUUUAAUCUCUCCACCCACCACCACAUCAUCUACUGCAACGGCUGCAGAGUCUGGUGAGUCCAGAUGAACAAGUGAGCGAUCUAAGUGAAACGGGCUCUGGAGCAGAGUCACAUCCUCUCUCUUCCUUCAGUCUCAGCAGCAGGGGGCUCAAACUGUGGUCCGGUGGCCAUGGUUGGUCCUGACAUGAAGCUGUCCCUCCCAAUAAACAGCCUGACGCUCGAUGGCAGCCGGAGCACAGACGACCGAGGUAUCGUCAGCUACCGCUGGGACGCCGUCAGGUAGGAAACCAGCAGAUCGGCGAGCCUCUGAAACAGCAGGAUGACAUUUUUUUCAGGAAAAACUGUUUAUGUUCAGGACAAGAUCAGCAAAGUGAUGUAGUUUAAAUAUUUGCCCACAUGAGGGCACCAAAACUACCACAAAUUGAAAGUUCCUCACAGGAGAUUUAAAGUCUGUUUGUUUGUUUUUUCCAUUUUGUUGUCUCAGCGGACCUCCAGGACUAAAGCUGGAGGGAGGAGACCGAGCAGUAGCCACAGUUUCGGGACUCCGGCUGGGACACUACACCUUCAGACUCACCGUUUCUGACCAGGAGGGGGCAACAGACAGUGCUUCACUGACCAUCAGGAUCCAGGAAGGUCUGAGCUCCAACUUUAUACCUGAACACGAUUUAAAUAUUACAGAUAACUGUAAAAAUGCCUACAUGGGAAAUGGCUGAGCUCUAAAAAUUAGGGGACAGUUAAUAGCAAGGGAGUAAAAGUGGAUUUUAAGAUGAGUCUUAAAAAUCUCAAUGGUGGGGGGGGAAUCUGAUAGUGGGAGGAAGAAAAUUCCACAGUUUUGGGGCAGCGAUAGAGAAAGCUCUGUCCCCAUAACACUUAGUCCUGGAUCGUGGGACUGACAGAAGUCUUUGGUCAGACGAUCUUAGUUCUCUCAUUGUGUGAUAUGGGGACAAGAGUUCUGUGACGUAAGAGGGGGCAAGACCAUUCAACACUUUGUAAACAAACAUCAGGGUAAACUUGAUCCUGUAGCUAACAGGCAGCCAGUGAAGGGAGGCAAGAAUGGGAGUAAUGUGUUCCCUCUUCUUAGUUCUGGUUAAAACUCUGGCUGCCGCAUUUUGAAUUAGUUGGAGACGAGAUAAACAAGACUGAGUGAUACCAAAAUAUAAUGCAUUACAAUAGUCGAGGCGGGAGGAUAUGAAGGCAUGAAUGACUUUCUCCAGGUCAGAAGUAGUAGGAAAUUAUCUAAUUUUUGAGACGAUGCGGAGCUGCAUGAAGCUUGAUUUUACAACCUGAUUUAUUUGUUUGUCAAAGAUGACACCAAGAUUUUUAACAUGUGAUUUGACAGAGGGGGCCAAAAGGCCAAGUAGAGGGGCGAUAAUGUUGGUCAAAUGCUGUGGUCCAAAUAGAAUAACUUCAGUUUUGUUGUCAUUGAGCUGGAGAAAGUUUGCAGCCAUCCAGGAUUUGAUGUCAUGAAGACAGUUAUUAAGGUCACUUCGUUUGCUGUAGUUAUUAGGCUCAAGGGGGAGGUAGAUCUGUGCGUCGUCUGCAUAACAGUGAAAAGAUAUGUUAUGCUUUUUAAUAAUGUGACCAAGGGGAAGCAAAUAGAUGGAGAAGAGAAUUGGACCAAGUAUGGAACCUUGGGGGACCCCACAGGAGAUGGGGGCUGAGGAAGAAGAGGAGUUUCUAAUGGAGACACUGAAUGAUCUCUUAGAUAAAUACGAUGAAAACCACUUUAAGGCAGAACCAGACUCCUGCCCAUUGGGUUAGUCUGUGAAUGAGAAUUGAAUGAUCUACUGUGUCAAAGGCUGCAGUUAGAUUGAGGAGCAGGAGGAUGGGGCAGUUACCUGAGUCAGCAGCUACAAGGAGGUCAUUAGUUAUUCUCAGUAAUGCAGACUCAGUACUGUGAAGAGCUCUGAAACCAGACUGGAACUUUUCAAAAAUGCAGUUUUGAGCCAGGUGGGACAACAAUUGGUUAAAAACGACUUUUUCAAGUAUUUUGGAAAGAAAGGGUAGUUUGGAUGUGGGUCUAUAAUUGUUGAGGGCUGAAGGAUCUAGAUUCUGUUUUUUUAAAGUAGCUGGACAACUGCAUGUUUGAGUAGUUUUUUUCUCCUCUGGAGGACAGACCUGACACAGCUGGACUUUGUUCCUGGUCCGUAAAGAAAACCUCUUUCAGUUUCAGCUUCUAUUUCACACGCCCUUUACAGUUUCUCUGUCGCCCCGUCUCUCUCACAGCCAGAAGUCUUCCUCCUGUCGCUCACGCUAGCGGCAGCCACACUCUCACUCUGCCCAACAACUCUCUGGUCCUCCGGGGCUCUGUGACUGAUGGAGACCAGACUGAGGUCCACUUUCUGUGGGUCAGGGACAGCCAGAGUCCUGCUGCUGGGGUCAGUAGGAAAGGUUUAAUCAGGAGGGUCCGAUCAUGUUGAUAUUCUUCCACAGACUCACUGACGUCUGUUUUUGUAGGAUGUGCUGUACGGCUCAGACACUCAGCCGUCUCUCUACCUGGCUAACCUGGUCGAAGGAACCUACCUGUUCCAGCUGAGGGUGAGCGACGCUCAGGGACGAACCUGCACUGCCAUGGCAACCGUGGAGGUGCGACCAGGUAGGACGGUGGUAGGACAGUUCCUGUUUCUGCAGUGGGUUCUCCCCUCUGGUGUGGGUCCGCUUCAUGCAGUCAAGUGUGUCCCUGCUGUGUCUCCGUAGAGCCGGGUGGAGGGGAGGAGGUGGAGCUAGAGAUGUUGGUGUCAGUGUCCCAGGUCAGUGUGUCUCAGAGGGACACAGUAGUCCGACAGCUCGCCGCUCUGCUUCACGUCCUGGACGGAGACAUCCAGGUCCGAGGACUGCAGGGACACUCCCACCUUAGGUACCUGCUGGUCCUCGAACCCUCUGAUGUAGACUCCUUUGAAUGUUUUCUCUGAAUCUGAACAGUUGUGUUUUUCUGCUGUGUGCGUCUGUGCAGCACUGUGUUAUGGUUCUCGGUGAGGGGCCCCUCAGGUCCGGUCUCUGGCUCCAGGAUUGUGGGUCUACUGAGGAACCAGCUGCUCAGAGAGAGGAGUGACUACCUGCUGUUCAGAGUGUUGAGAGUGGACACCCUCUGUGAGUACAUUCAUGACUGAGAAGAAACCACUGACCUGGUUAGACUAGGGUUCAAAGGUGAAGUGACAUGUCUGCCUCUAUUUUGGUCAGUGUGUCUGCUUCAAUGCUCGGGGCGGGGCCAGUGUGACCCAAUCACAAAGGAUUGUCUCUGUGACCCUUUCUGGACGGAGAAUCCGAUUCGUCGGUACCUCGGUGAUGGAGAGAGUAACUGUGGUGAGUAACAUAUGGAGUCUGUGAAGGUUUGAAGCACAUGGGUGAAGGGGCUAGACAUCUAUUUCCAAAAAAACAUUUUUCACUCUGUAAAGUGAAUUUAGUCUGUCAUAAGUUUGAUUAGAAUUAGGUUCAGACUAAAAAAGAUCAUUUUAAAAUGAUUUUAUACAUCAAUUGUGGUAUCUAUGAGCUACAACAUGAGGUCAAAAACCCAACAUAAAAGUCCACCAUUUUAGCUUAGAUCAGUGGUUCUCAACUGGUCUCACUCUGGGACCCACAUUUUCUCAUAGUCCUUAAGUAGUGUCCCACUUUUAUAAAAUUUAAAUCUUUAACAUAAAUACAUCCGUUUUAUCAAAUAAAUUGCAUCAGAGCACAUGAACUGAUGAUGACAACUACUGAAGUUACAUAUACAGAAAAUAUCAAAUAUCAAAUUGCACAAAAUGGAGACCAGCAAAAUGAGAAAUUUGACUUAUUUGCAUCUCUGCAUUCAGAGCAUAUUCAGAAGAACCUGAGGAGGACCAAAGUGAAUAAAAAUCAAAUUGCACAAAAUAAAGACCAUAAAAAACAUGUAUUUUACUGCAUCCAGGCCACAUUAAUAAGAAACUGAGGAGGACCACAACAUAACCCAUACCUUGCAAAAUAAGAUAUUUUUCAAAAUAAAAGACAUGUCAAACAUCAGAUGCGCAUUAAAUAUUUACUUGACCAGCUGUUCCCAUCCAGAACUCAUCCACGACCCACUUAUGGGUCAGGACCCACCAGUUGAGAACCACUGCCUUAAAGGACUAACAAAGUCAUCAUAGUAGUUAUGGGGUAACUGAGAAAGUAAAGGAGUCUGAUGAGAGGAUCAGCGUUUCAGUUCAGAUUGUUGAAAUGUUUGACUUUUUCUUUUCAAAAAUACAGCUGUGAAUGUUCUGAAUCACUUAAAGACAUUCUCAUGUUCAAAUUUUUUUUUUUAUAUAUAAAACAGAUUUUUAGCAGUUACAUGCAAUUUUAUUUAUUUAUUUAUUCUUUAUUUCAUUCAUUUAAAGAUAAAAAGAAACAAUUUAAUUUAAAUACAAACAUUCUCCUAUUUAGUAUUAAGGGGAGCAGAAAAAAGACUCAUCUUAUUUUAUCUGCCCCUUUAUCCCCAGAAAUCAAUCUACAAAGAACAAACUUAAAAUAAUACAAUAAAAUUUAAAAAAAGCAACAACAACAUAAACAAAACACAACAAAAAUAAAAUAAAAUAAAAAUAUAGCUGCUGGCCACUACAGACAGUCAUAUACCAUUUAGUUCCCAAGUUACAAUUCAGUUAAUGCCACUCAAACAACAACAAAAUUACAAUGGUAUGACAAUCAGAUAUAACUAACAUAUUUCCUUAUAUUUCCUUAACAUACUGGCUUUAAUUAUUCUCUUAAAUGUAAUGUUUGACUUGGAUUCUUUGAUGUCUUUGUUCAGAUUGUUCCAUAAACUGAUUUCUGUAACAGAAAUACAACGUUCCAUCAAUUUAGUCCUGAAUCAUGUUUUUUUAAAGAUCUGUGUUCCUUAUAAAGUAUACUCGUUUUCUCUUUUUUUCAAAUCUUUUCUGAAUGUUGAUUGGCAACAUUUUUUAAUGAGCUUUCAGCAUAAUUUGCAGGAUACUAUAAUCUACAAAGUCAUGAAUUCUCAACAAUUUUAAUGGAUUUGUUGGAUCUCUAUAUCGUUUUCUACUGAUAAUUCUUAUUGCUCUUUUGUGCAAAAUGAAAAUUGACUGAGUAUAUGUUUUACAGGCAUUUCCUCAUACUUCAAUGCAGUAGGUCAGAUAUGAAACAAUCACGGUGUUAUAUAAAAUGUACAAGGCCUUGUUAUCCAGUGAAUCCUUUACUUUGUAAAACAGAGCUAUUGUUUUUACUAUUUUUGCCUUUGUAUAAUGGAUAUGUGACAAAUUCUCAUCCAGCAUGAUACCCAAAAACUUAGUUUCCCUUACUCUAUUAAUUUCAAUACCAAUAAUUAUGGUAUUUUUAAUCGUAGCACCAAUAAUAAUAAAAAGAAUUAUUGUACCAGUUGAAUAGUGUGUAAUAGAUAAAAAUACACAUGAAUGUGAAGAAGUGACUGUUAUUUAGGGAGAGAGAAGGUGAGGCAGGCCUGGGGGGGUAGGGAUACAGCUCAACUUAUCCCGCUCUUACCCCAUACUCUGGGUAAAUUGACCAUAGGAGACCACUUUUUUGUUGGCAUGCUAUAUGAUCAAGAUUACAGUUCUGUUUACACUCAUUCUGUUGGUUUGCAGGGAUGAACAACAUCCUGAAAUAUCUGCAGAUACACUAGUUAGAGACAAAACUAGAAUCGACUUGAUGGAGUGAUCCCAAAUAUGAAAAAUCAAUCAAUCAGACUUUAUUUUUAAAGCACUUUUCAUAAGUUUAAUGUAGCACAAAGUGCUGUCCAUUCAAGCAGGAUAUUAAAAACAAUGAAAUAAAAUAAAUAAAAAUACAAAUACCAAACCCCACCCACCCUCCCAACCCCCAUUCAACACAUACAGCACUCACACACACAGAUGAACACACAAAAGACCAGGUGAGGACUCUUCAACUUGCCACAGAUGACAGAGGAAACGCUAUCUUGACUGAAAAAAGAUGAGGAAACACUGGAUCUAGGACUAAAAGGAUAAAACCAUAAUAAAACAUAAUAAUGGUGAUAAAGCAUUAAAGGUUAAUUAAAUAAAACGGUCAAAGAAUCAAACAAUAAAAGAAAGUAAAUUAAAAAAGAGGUAAUAAAACACAAAAUAGUUACUCUACAACUAAAAUAGGGUAAAAUCACAUAAUGCAGAUUAAAAGAUUAAAACAAAAUUUAACUAAAAGCCAGCCUAAAACGGUAGGUCUUGUGUUUACUUUUAAAAAUAUGAACAGUAGGUGUUGCUCUCAGGUCUGCAGGUAGGCUGUUUUACAGAUGGGGACCGUAAUGUUGUGACGAUGAUUCACUGUAUUUGUUAGUUUUAACUUUGAGAACAAUUGAAAGACCACUACCUGAAGAUCUGAGGGCUCUACUAGGCUCAUACGGUAAGAACAAAUUAGAUAUAUAAGAAGAACCAAGACCAUUAAGAGCUUAAAAAACUAAUAAAAGAACCUUAAUUUCUACUCUAAAAAACACAGGUAACCAAUGCAUAGAUUUUAAAAAAUGGCUCAUCUUACCCCACUCUCCUCUACUGAGUCACUGAUAACCAACAAGAACCUGGAGUUUAAUAACCGCCUUCAGAAGAAUCAGCAGAGAUUAGUGAUGUUGUUGCACGUGUGUGUGUGUUAUCUGUUCUUUCUCUGGGUCAGAGUGGAGGGUUCUGUACGUCAUCCUGACCAGCUUCAUACUCAUGAUCUUCAUCCUGUCGGUCAGCUGGACCUUCAUCUGCUGCUGCAAGAGGUGAGCACAAACGAAACACUGACCCCUGGAUCUUGAAGUCUGGAGAUUCAGAGGAAACAGGCCGAGGUCAGAGGGGAUCAGGUCAGACUCAGAGCUGUGAGAAAAAAGGAAAAAGGCUUUAGUCUAUGUGAAGUCUCUCAGUAAACAGCAGCAGGGUCAAACAGGAGAUAUCAAACUGCAUCAGCUGUAAGGAGCUAACACUUUGGUGCCCCCUCUGGACACACAGAGAAUUAUUUUUUUUUGGUUCUGGUAACAAGCUGUUGGUAAUCUUGUUAAAAUCUUCUGUUUACUAUUUCAGGUUUUAUUGCCUUUACUGCUCUGAUGAAACGAGGAGGCCUGGCUCCUGAUUGGGCCUUUAGAGGUCAGCUGAUCAUAGACACAGCCUCUGAUUGGCUGAUUGGUCAUGACUCAUAGCAGACUGUGUGAAUGUUUGAGGGUUUGGUUUUCUCGGUCAGACAGAUUCUUACAGAAACAGUUGAUCACCUGAAGGCUGCCGGUCUCACAGGGCUGGUGGAUUUGACAGGAAGUGAAGGGAGUCAAUGAGGGAACUGCCAAAGUAAAAUGCCAAUUAUGUUGAUGGCUCAAAUUAGCUGGAACUGGUUCUCAAUUCCCAUCCCGAGACUGAAUCUGGAUCAGGUUGAUCUAACCUUUAGACCGGGACAAAAGUGAGGUGGAUUACCUGAAAAAAGUAGACCUCCUAAUUCAGAUCAUUCUGAUCACCAUUGAACCUUCUGAACAACCACCAAGCUGGACUCUGAACCCCAGACCUGUUCCCUGUGUUGACCUGUGUUUGUGGACUGUGUGCAGGAGGAAACAGACAAAGGUGAGGAAGAAAACCAAGUACACCAUCCUAGACAACAUGGACGAGCAGGAGAGGGUGGAGCUCCGACCCAAAUUCAGUGAGUCCUGUAGAUCUCUAUAGGGUCUGUCUCAGAACCUUAGCAGCAGUCCAGUUCUUCUGAUGGUCCCUUUGUUAAAGACAACACGUCUGUUAGCCAGGGGUUCGGUUUGGGGGUCUGUCUCUGUCCCAAGGUGGUUAGAGACCACCUUCCUUCUGUUUCAUGUUUAUAUUGUUUAUACAGUCAAGCUCAAAAUAAUUAAUACCCCUGGCAAAUUUUGACUUAAAGUUACUUUUAUUCAACCAGCAAGUUUUUUAUUAACUGGAAAUGACACAGGCAUCUCUCAGAAGAAAAUAAGAUGAUGUACAAGAGGCAUCAUUGUGGAAAGAAAUAUUUCAAAGCUUUUAUUUACAUUUGAACGAAAAGUGGCAUGUCCAAAAUUAUUCAUACCCUUUGCAAGCUGUCACAGUCUAUAGGAGAAUCCAAAGUUCUAUACCAUUCCAAAUAGUCCAAGCUGUUCUAAAGCAUCCUAAUGACCCUGAUUCAUUGGGAACAGCUGUUUUAAUCAACUCAACACGUGAAAAACAGCUGUUCUCUGCAGUUGGGUUUUGGACAGUCAUGACUAAGACAAAGGAGCUCAUCAAGGACUGCGGCUGUGCAUUGUGGCUGCUCACAAGUCAUGGAAGGCCUAUAAGGCCAUAUCUAAAUGUUUUCAAGUUCCAGUGGCUACAGUGCAAAGUGUUACUAAAAAAUCCAAGACAUUCUGCACUGUGGAAAAUCUCAGAGGACGUGGUGGGAAGCCUAAAGUGACACCUGUGCUGGCCAGGAGGAUAGUGAGAGAGGUGAAAAAGAAUCCAAGGAUCACCGCCAAAACCAUCUUGGUGAAUCUGAGCUCUGCUGGUGGCAACAUCUUAAGGCAGACAGUCCAACGGACACUGCACACUGCUGGGUUCCACGGAUGCACACCAAGGAGGACGCCACUUCUCCAAAUAAGGCACACAAAAGCCCACUUGGCCUUUGCAAAAGCUCAUCUGGACAAAGAAGAAGACUUCUGGUCUUCUGUUUUGUGGUCAGAUGAAACAAAAAUUGACUUGUUUGGCCACAAUGAUGUAGUCUUUAUUUGGUGUAAAAAAGGAGAAGCCUUCAAACCUAAAGCCGCGUUCAGACCAAAUGCGACCUCGGCGACCUGAGCAACGACUUCCAAUGCAAAGUCAAUGUACAGCCGCGACCUGACAUGACUUGGCCACCGCCGGCUGCCGGCGAUGCGAUGUGAGCAACCUACUCGACCAGGUCACGCAUGGUCGCUGAGGUCGCGUCGCCUGAAGUCGCAGGACACCAAGUCGCGUUGCUCCCAAAGUUCAAAUAUUUGAACUAUGGGAGCGACUUUCCGCGACUCCGUGCCGCGACAGCCAAUCAGGGCUCUACUGACUUCAACAAACCGGCGAAGCAAGGAGGAGGAGAACAAGAAUCACAAUGGAGGAGCAGCUUAUCACUGCCGUGAGUUAUCACCCGGUCCUGUAUGACGUGGGGUGCGCGUUCUACCGGGACCACACCUCAAAGGAGGAGGCAUGGGCGAAGGUGGCCCAUGAUGUCGGGCUCUCUGGUAAGUUUGUUUGUUUAUUUAUUUCAGUGAGCAGACUAUUUUCUGAAAACAUAGCAAACUUCCCCUGCUUGCUAGGCUACAUGUUUCAACGUGUGUGUGUGUGUGUGUGUGUGUCUUUUCAGUGGAUGUGUGCCGCAAGUGCUGGAAGGGGCUGCGGGAUGUAUAUAUGAGGGAGAAAAGGAGGGAGAAGGAAGGUGGGAGAAGCGGGUCAGUGGCGACCAGACGCGUCCUGCGACUGCAGCUUUGGACCCGGUGUGAACACACCAGGGCGCGACGCGACGUGGACGACCAACGCGACUAGGUCGCUUCAAGUCGCGUUUGGUCUGAACGCGGCUUGAGAACACAAUCCCCACUGUCAAACAUGAUGGUGGGAACCUAAUGCUUUGGGAGUGUUUUUCAGCCACAGUAAAUGGCACCAUGAAAAAAGAACAAUACAUCAAGAUUCUCAACAACAACAUCAAGCAGUCUGCAGAGAAACUUGGCCUUGGGCACCAGUGGACAUUUCAGCACGACAACAACCCAAAACACACAGCAAAAGUUGUAAAGAAAUGGUUAGCAGACAAAAACAUGAACGUUUUGCAGUGGCCCAGCCAGAGUCCUGACUUUAAUCCAAUAGAGAAUCUGCGGAGGGAGCUUAAGAUCAGGGUGAUGGCAAGGAGGCCCUCCACUUUUUGUUCAAAUGUAAAUAAAAGCUUUGAAAUAUUUCUUUCCACAAUGAUGCCUCUUGUACAUCAUCUUAUUAUCUUCUGGGAGAUGCCUGUGUCAUUUCCAGUUAAUAAAAAACUUACUGGUUGAAUAAAAGUAACUUUAAGUCAAAAUUUGCCAGGGGUAUGAAUUAUUUUGGGCUUGACUGUAUGUAUCAAACCAAGGCAGAGACCACCAUCACUCCACAGGAGGAGGGGUGAGCAGGGGAACGUUCUGAUUUGGAACAUGACUGCUCAGUAAAAACUUGUGUUUCUACAGAGCUUUAAGGUCAUCUGGAGUUCUGACAUUAAUUAAAAAUGUUUUAUCACGAUAAUUAAUCAACACAUGUUCAGAGAAUUAAAGACACCAGGAUAAAUGACCCUCUACCUGUCUGCAGGUAUCAAACACCGCAGCACAGAGCACAACUCCAGCCUCAUGAUGUCCGAGUCGGAGCUGGACAGCGACCAGGACACCAUCUUCAGCCGAGACCGACCCGUCCGCAGCCAGAACCGACUCUGCUCUCAGGGGGCGCGAAACGGGAACGCCUUCGGCUGAGAUGACAGCGGACCUCAUGGCGACACGGAGAGGACAGGUUUCAGGGGGUUUUGCAUUCUGGCGCCCCCCUGUGGUAGAGAGAGACUUGACUCUUUGUCCUGUGCUGUGAGGUCAGUGACAUAAACCAGUCAACGAGACAACUCGUGCCCUCUUGCCUGUCUGAGGAAAAACCUAAACACCUUACCAGGACGAGAGGAUGCAGGCUGUAAGGUCAAAGUCAGGUGAAAACUGUAAACCAGGACCUGCAGCCUCAGUGGCCUGUAUCCACGCUUUAACUCCUGACUGCAGAGGGAUUUGGAAAAACCAGACUUUGACAGACUGUCCUCCCACAUUAAGAGGUGAACAGGUUGAUUUGAGGGAAACAGAAGAAAAAAACAACAUCUCCACCUGAUGUUCACAUCUCUCUGUAAGCCUAAAAGGAAGUCAUUUCAUCUCUCCAGAGCUAACUCGAACCCGGUCCAGAUUACAGAGGGUGAUUUCACUGUCUGAACUUCAGGCUGAAAAAGACCGCGAAAAAAAAGAAAAAACAACACACAUAACAAAUACGUCAUAUUAGAAUUUCUGUUUUAAUUAUUCAUGAACAUCUGAGCUCAGAAAUACAAAAGUUAUCCUCUCCUUCAGAGCCGCUCCAAGCCUCAAUGGGGCCCUGAGCAAAAUUUGAUUUUGGGGCCCUCCAUUUCUGCCAAUAUUGAUUGUUGAUCAUGUACACACUCCUUCACAAAUCUCUUUAACAUUCCCUGACAUGCAAACAUACCUUUAUCUUGGCGUUUUUUCUCUUCUUCCUCUUUCUUUUCUCUGCUCCUGAAGGAUAUGUCCUUUUUUGCGACAUUGUUUUGUCCCACAACUAUCUGCUCUUUGGAUGCUCAGUGCACAUUACACAGCAGGAGGAACAUAAUGGUGGGCGGAGCUUUGACAUAUCGGCAGUAAGAAUCAUAGGCCUACAUCAGCAGCAGUACUAAAAUGUUUUUACUUUAUUAUAUUUUUACAACAAUAUAUAUUUGAUCAGACAGAAAGCAUCACUCAUACAUGCAAAAAAUAAAAAAUAUUUAAAACAUUUUUUGAUUGCUCUUGGGGGCCCCCUACUGGCCUCGGGGCCCUAAGCAGGUGCUUAGUUCGCUUAUGUCUUGGGCCGGCUCUGCUCUCCUUAAAUUAACUACAACAGUAUUUUACAAUCAAAGGUGGGGUAGUCAGGAUCUGAGGAAGUUCCAGUUUUUGGUAAAAAUCUUGAAUGUGAACUCUAUCCCUCCCAACCAGUUUUCCCCUCAGCUCCUCCUCUCCCCUCCCUCUCUGCUCCAGCAAGCCCCGCCCACAAACAGACGCUUCUGCUCGCUCGGAUCGUUCCAAUUAAAUUCAGAUAUAAUGCAGAUAAAUACUUCAGAUAAUUACAAAUGGGGCCCAGUCAAUGUUAAAGUAAAAGGCAUUGGUGCUACUGUAGAUGCCAACAGACUACCAGCAAACACAAUGUUUGCAGGACUUCUACAACUAGGAUAAAGUGACAGUCCAGGACCUGAGGUCAACAGUUUAGUGGCGCUACAACACGCUACAGCAGGUGCCGUUUGACAAGAAACACUUCUGUUACAGACACUUGGCUUACUUUGUUAAAGUGGUUUACCUGUCCAGCAGAAAGGUUAAAGUGGGUCACGAAGAUCGCGAAGCGUCCCCCAUUGUUUAUGUUGACCCAGCUUUUUAGUAGCCUGGCUGGGCCAUCCAGUUGCAUGAAUCACUUGCCGUUCCUUCCCACAACAGAAGGAGAAGGAAGGGAACAGCAAGUGGUUCACGCAACUAGACGGCCCAGCCAGGCUAGCUUUUUAGCUCUUGUCUGGUCUACCUCGAUUUUGAGCGUUAUUCCGUCAGAGUCUCCGGUAUUUACUUCAUUUUUUGCUUGUGUUGGCGGUCAUGGCCAAAGGAGGAUUCAGACAAUUUUCCGUACUUUCUGGUUGGUUUCUACUGUCCGAUAUUGUAGCACGCUAACUUUGUUUGGGCUUGUGAACAACACGGGGGAGCAGCGUCUGCCUCACCACCAAUCUAGUUGGGGGAGGCGGGGAAUGGCUUUGUUUACAGUCAGAACGAGCGGAGAGCUCUGAAAUAUUAAAAUGUUGACUACACAGACAUAAGAGAACAUAGAGAUAUUGUGAUGUUACUAAAUGUCAUCAAUUACUAAUAAAUAUUGACUGAUAUUAAAAGCUUUUUUGUAAAUACACCACAAAAAAAGAUGCUUCUUUAAUGGAUCCCCGCCUACCACACCUUUAAGACAAACUUGACAUUAGAAGCACGAUGAGCUGUACAAUUUGAAAGACUGAAACAGACACUGGAUAAUAGAAACCAGAAAGUUUCUACAUGAUGCUGACAUUUUAAAACCCUCUGUCUCCAUUUUUUAAGAUUCAGUGAGAAAUAUUGUCCUGUGAAGGUCACCAGGUCUCAACAGCACAUUUUAUAAAUACGAACCACCAGAGGGCAGCAAAGACAUGAACAACAAAUAAAACAGAACUGAUCAAUAUGGCAUUUUAAAGAUUGGCAACACCAUUGAACUUUAUACCUCUGCCUCAGAAAUUGAACUCAAACCCUCCCUGCAGUCUGAGCUUCUGUCGUCUUAUUUUCCUCCACCAAUCAGAGGCAUGCAGACAUGCAUGGUCAACACCACGUCUUCUAUUGAAUAUUUAUGUGGACUCUAUGUAUUUAUUUACACAUUUAUUGAUUGAUUUGACUGAAAUCUGUCUAAAUGGUCUCAAAGACAGUUCAGAAUCAUGCUGUAAAUAAUCAAUAACAGCUGAACUGUCCUCCAUGAACUAUUUCACAGAGCCAGUCUGGACAUGCCAGCAGCGUAUGGGAGGAUUUGAAUAUCAAAAAUAGUCAUCAGGAUCUUCAACACCAAAAAUGUCAGUAAAUCUAGAAAAGGUUUUGUGCUUUUUUAAAGGGGAUUUUAUCCGAGCUCUCUUGUUUAUCACUGUUAACUGUGCAACUUCAAACAGACACGAGAAGCUUCAUUCACACCACCUUACAGAGAGUGAUAAAAACUGAGAGAAAAUCCAGGGAUUGUACAUUUAUGAUUUGCAGCUGAUUCAAAAUUAAAUGAAUCUGUUUCAUGUAAAUUAUUAAUUUAUUUAUUAUUAUGCUCUGUUGCAGUUCAAAUGCUCCUGCUAUGUCAGUGAAAAUAAACCUGAAGAAAAAAAGAC